UCGCGUACGCGCGCGCUCGCAGCUGCAGACCCGCUGAGAGGAGAGCUGGGUCGGCUGAGAGGAGCUCCCGCUGCGGGAUGCUGGGCGCUGGGGCUUCGGAAGACUCUGGGCUGUUUUAGUGCCAUGCAUCAUUUACAAUGUAUCCUCGGAGCACAGAGGAGUCUGAGGUGGGGGCCCUCGGCCUCUGGGUCCUGGCUGCUGCUCAGGACCUGCAGGGCACACAGCAGUUUCCCUGGCACUGCAUGUCCCAGUGCAGAGGGGCAGCAGGAGGAUGGAGUUCAGAAGGAUUUCCGCUCCAGGCUGGCCACUGGACCGACUUUUCAGCAUUUUUUAAGAAGUGCUACAGUUCCUCAGAAGAAGCUGUCUUCUCCAGAUGUGGAGGACCCACCCCCCUAUCUCACAGUGGAUGAACUUUUAGGAAGGCAGAGAAAAGUGUACCUUGAGACCUACGGCUGCCAGAUGAACGUGAAUGAUACAGAGAUAGCCUGGUCCAUCUUACAGAAAAGUGGCUACUUGCGGACCAGUAACCUCCAAGAGGCUGAUGUGAUCCUCCUUGUCACAUGUUCUAUCAGGUGGGAAUUUGUUCUUUACGGUAACCACUAUAUCCCCAAGUUAUGGUCUAUUAUGCGAGGCUGUGACAACAUGUGCAGCUACUGCAUUGUUCCUUUCACGCGUGGCCGGGAGAGGAGUCGGCCUGUUGCCUCCAUUCUAGAGGAAGUGAGGAAGCUUUCUGAGCAGGUGAAAAGUCCUCCAGGCUUUCUUACUGAGAGUGUGUUUAAUGUUAAUAGCUUUCGGGACAUUUCAGAAGUCCAGUUCAACAAUGCAGUGUCCACCAACCUCAGCCGUGGCUUCUCCACCAACUAUAAAACCAAGCAGGGGGGCCUUCGUUUUGCUCACCUUCUGGAUCAGGUCUCCAGGAUAGAUCCUGAAAUGAGGAUCCGUUUCACCUCUCCCCACCCCAAGGACUUUCCUGAUGAGGUUCUGCAGCUGAUUCAUGAGAGAGACAAUAUCUGUAAACAGAUCCACCUACCAGCCCAGAGUGGAAGCAGCCGCGUAUUGGAGGCCAUGCGGAGGGGCUAUUCAAGAGAAGCUUAUGUGGAGUUAAUUCAUCAUAUCAGAGAGUUUAUUCCAG